UCGCCUACCACCUACAUACAUUCAUUGGCUAGAUAGAAAGGAGGCGGGAUUUAUGGUAGACUAGUCGUCGUCGCAGGGGAGGAAGAGCAAGACGGACAUCUUGGUGAGGUCGAAAGAUUGAGUGCUAAGCUUGCCAGCUAUCCUGCUCAGAUGCCUAGACACUGCUCUGCAGGUGGAUGCAAAUCCCGUGACACCAGGGAAAAUCGUAAGGCUGGCAUUACCUUUCACAGGUUGCCAAAGCGUGGAACACCACGCCGGGACCUAUGGAUCAUCAACUCUCACCGCAAGGGCCCACAAGGCCAGGGGCCAUGGGACCCCCAGAGCAACUUCAUCUAUUUCUGCUCCAAGCACUUCACCCCAGAGAGUUUUGAACUCUCAGGUGUCAGUGGGUACCGAAGGCUCAAGGACGAUGCAUUGCCCACAGUCUUCGAAAUGGUCCUGCAGCCAGGAGGAAGAGGAGGGGGAGAAACUCCUAGAGGAAAGGGCAAACAGAAUGUCAUAAGCCUACAGACCAGGAGGUCCCGCUCUCUGAAAGUGGAACAAAACAGCCAGAAUGGCGCACAACAAGAAAUUGAAGUGAAAAAUAUAGUUAAUGGAGAACAAGUUCAGGGAUCUGAGACACCCAAUGGGGAACCUAAUAACCGGAUAGAGCCCCUCCCUUCCCCCCAGGGAACGUCUGCGCCGACUGUUGAAACACCACAGGGUUCCCCUCAACAACCAUCAGGCUCUUCUCCCGGAGACCCACCUGGCUCUCCAUGCUCUCCCCGUCCUCAUUCCCCAUCACGAUACAUGCUGCGCCUACCCCCACCUCCUGGCUUCUACCUGCCCAAGGAACACAACUAUGCUCAGCAUUGCCCCCUGGUGUGGCGGAAGCGUUACGACAGGGCCAUCGACAGCCUGGAGAAGUCCCUGCGUCUGCUUAGUGCGGCCAGGCGGAGGGAGAACCGGCUGCGGCAUGCGCUCCUGCGCCUCAGAGAGAAUCGUCUGAAACACACCCUGCUUCGCUCCCGGGAUGGAGCUAAGGGCAGGGGAGGUCGAAUUCAGGGGUUGGAGAGGAGAGGACAUCUAGAUAAGGCAGGAGGUGCCAGCCUGGCAGAGCCAGAAGAGACUGAGAUGGAUGGAGUGCCAGAGGACUUGGGGCUAUUUGAAGACGGACCUGGGGAACCGAUUGACUGGGGUGGGCGGGUCCGGACUACAGAGACUAAAGCUGGGUUGGAUGAGGAGGGGGGUUACUGCUUCUACUGUGGAAGAGGGCGAGAGGACGAUGGGGUUAAAGUGUCCAGGGGAAGCUCUCAGAUAAGGAAAGGUGGACAGGGAACUAUGGAUGAUGGCUCUUGGAGCUCUCAGGUUGAUGAGGGGGACAGAGAUGGUCGAAGAGGAAGACGAAUUCUAAAGAAGGCUCGAGUUCGAAAGGUUGGAGAGGCCACAACAUAUGCAGGAGCGCCACAGGAAAGCUAUGAAAGCUACUACUAUCACUGUGGCGCAUCUGAGAGUGGUGAAGAUGUGCAGGUAGUCAUGGUGGAGCUGCCACCUGAGAAAGGGGUGAAAGCUGGCGUGGAACUUCACUGCAACCCUCAGCUGUCCAUCCCCCUGUUACAAACACCGGUGGGCCUUCAGCAGAUGCAGCCCUCAGGCAGAGCAGCACUGCAGGAUACCCACAGCCGGGUUCAAUUCCUGCAGCCUUGCCCAGCCUCCCAGCAAGGGUUACUCGUCACAGACCUGAACUCCAUAGAAGCAGAGCCAGUGGACAGCCAUCAGCAGCUGGAGGAGCCGGUGUUCUGGAUGCAGGAGGGCCAACUGCUCUUAGUGCCUGUGCCCUCUGAAGACUGGCUGAAGGGCACAGUUGGGAUGGAGGGAGAGGCAGAAGAGGUGGGAGCACAAACCAUAUUAGUGUCAGAGUUGGGAUUUCCUAGAGACUUGGUGGAGGAGAAAAGGGGGCUGUGCUUGGAGGGUGGGGGUACAGGGCUGAGGGUUAUAUUGCCCACUGAUGGACAGGGAGGCCACCACUCAGACAUCAGGACUACUGUGGUGAGCGGUGACGUGAGGGAGCGGUUGAAAGAACACUUGGAGGGGUUUCAGCUCCAGCUUAGCAGUGAGUUUAUUGACUGAAGGCUGUAUCAUAUUUAAGGGCCAAAGGGUGAAAGCCUUCAUGUAGAGAAGUGCAAAGGUGUCAGCACACUGUUGUUUUAUAUACAUCAGCGAAGAUGGUGGAAUGUUAACUUAUAACUUAAAUCAGGUUGGAAAGUCAAGAGAACCAUUUAGCAGGACAAAUCAGUCAGUCAUAUUCUUACCAGCUUGUUAGCCCAAAAUGCAACCCAAAAUGCUUCAUAAAAAUACAAAAACAUUCUAUUUACUCACUUCACGCAGGCUUGUGUAGUAGAGCAGUGGAUCCCAAACUGGGGGGCGCACCGAGAGGUCGGUAGAGGGCGCAUGGUGCAAUUUCGAAAUUGGGUAGUGCAUCAUCAGUUCCUCUUGUCAUGUCAGUCAUUGCAUACCUUAGAGAGCUAUUUAUAACUUGUUAGAAAUCAACUCGCCCAUGUCAGCUAACUUUCUUCUUUUUUUUUUAAAGCUAGGUUUUUUUUUGCCUAUAGAUUCUGUUGUAAUGUUUGAGUCACUCAAAUAUCACAUGAAUAAACAUUAGACAUGGCAAACUGUAGAAUUGCAAGAAAAUGCUAAAUGUUCUCUAAGCCAACAAGAGGGGUGUGAACAGUUUGUGUCAUGAACAGCGCUUGUGCCCAUAAAAAUACACAUGGUGCAUGCAUGCGCAGGGGGUGCGGUGCGCGUGAUGUUCCCCAAUGCAGGAAGUGAAAACGUUUGGGAACCCCUGUAGUAGAGCAUACAAAGUGUAAUUGAAAACAUUUCAAAGCAUACAUCACAUAAUUAUAGAAAUACAUUAAAUCACGCUGUUACACUUGUCAUUGCCUGUACAUACAAUUAUUACAGUAUUAAUAAAAUAACGUAUAAUAAUUUCA